UGCUAUAUAAUGUGCCCAGCCAAUGCAGAAGCCUUCUCAUCGGGUCUUGUUCCAAGCAAAAGAAAAUGGAGAUGUUGGCUCUCGUUCUGACACUCCUGCUUUCACUCUCAGCGGCUACCGGCGCCGCCGCGGAGACGGUGAAAGUGACCACCACCCCGGUCUUCUCCCACAUCCCUCGACUUCAGGCAAGCAAGGAUUUCCAGGUGCUCGUGCGCGUCGAGGCGCCACCGGCGCUGCAGCAGCAUAGACGCGUCCCCGUCGACCUCGCCGUGGUGCUCGACGUGGGUGCCAGCACCGGCGCCGGCACGGCGAGGCUGGAUGCGGUAAAGAAGGCGGUCAAGUUUAUCAUCAGGCAGAUCCACGACGACGACCGUCUCGCCGUCGUCGGGCCGUCCAACUAUCGGCUACUCCCCGGGUUCCUGAACACCCGCGAUGCCCGAUGGAAUGCCGAGAAAUCCGUCGACCAGCUGGAGCCCCGUGGUGAGUUCACGUCUGGCGCCGGCUUGGAGGAGGCCAUUAAGAUCCUGGAGGAGCUACCGGCGACGGCGAGCCGGAGCAGCCGCGCGCGCUUCGUCAUCUUGGUGACGGACAGGGCAGUGGCAGAGGGCAGCAGCAGAUUAUUCAACAAGCUGCCGCGCGAGUCCCUCUCUCUACCCCCGGUGCACACGUUGGGGCUCGGCGCGGCGCACGACCCCAGGGAGCUGUUGCACAUCGCCAGGGAAUCCCAGGGCACCUACUCAUUCGUGGACGACCAGAACACGGACGGCAUCACCGGCGCCAUCGCCGUCUGCCUCAGCGGGCUCAAGAAUGUGGUCGCCGUCGGCGCGCGCGUCCGCCUCGAGGCGCCGGUCGGGAGCGGGGUCACCAUCGAGAGGAUCCAGUCGGGGGGAUACACAUACAGCAGGACUCGCCCCAUCACCACCAGAGACGACAAGACGUACGUCGAGGUCGCCGUCGGCGCCAUCUACGCCGGCGAGGUGAAGAGCUUCCUCGUCCACCUCAGCGUGCCUGCUCUUCUUCCUUCGACGUCGACCGUCGUCGCCGACGGCUGCUACAGGCAACAGCUGCUCACUGCCAGCGUCGUCGGGCACUACACCAACAGCGACGAAGAACAUGCUGCGGCUCCAGCUUCUCCAAGUCCAACGGUGACCCAGGCUAUCUUGUACGUACAAAGGCCGCCGCCAGAAGCCCUCGACGUCGCCUGCGGCGGCACGCUGCAUAGAGUCCCCGUCCCCGUGGUGAUGAACCACAUCGCGCGGUUCGGCGUGCUGGAGAUGGUGGCCACCUUCGUCGACACCGACAUCGGGCGGCAUAGCACCGUCACCGCGGAAAUGGCGACGAAGCUGCGGGUCCAGUGGGAGAAGUUCGUGCAGGCGCGGCAGUUCUGGAGCGGCCUGGACCUGGGAGUCCUCGACGACGAGGUCAGCAGGAUGGUGAACAUCCUAGAAGAAGCAGCAAGCAGAAGCGGCUCCUCGACGUCUCUGUCGGCGGCGACGGCCUACGUGUUGUCGUGGCUGUCGAGCUACCAGAUGCAGCGGCCGACGGCCAUGGGAUCGCCGGGCAGCGUCGCGGCCGCUUUCGUCACCGUGAACAUGCAGCUCACACUGCUGCAGGUUAGGAACGACUUCGACAGAUUCGACACACUUCUUCCACGGGCUCCACCACAAUCACCAAUCUGCGUGGAUCCAAUGCCGCCGCCGCUGUUCGAGAUGUCCGGACGGGGCGACGACACCUACCGCGUCGUCAACACCGCUUACCCGCCGGGCGUAUUGGUGGACGCCAUCAACGAAGCAAUGAAGCAGAUGCACCUGGCGUUGGUUCAGGCGAGCAACCUCCGGCGAUGCGACGCUGCCGGCGUCGAGGUGCCACUGCGGACGCCGCUGUCACGGGCGGGCGCAUUCGCAUGAUCCAUCAUCCUGCCAGCAACGAUCCAUCCUCCACCUCUCCUACCGUUUAUGUUCUUGAUUUCUUGUUUUUGUUUCUAAGAAAAUAAAGGAGAGCAUCAGUUUGCAUUGGCGUAAUUUUUUUUCUAUAGACGAGGGAGUGCAAGAACACAAAUCACUGUCAACACUCAAUGCAUCACCACCUCAAAAAGUAUUUUUAAUUUUAUUAAGUUAUAAGUUUUGUAACCAAGCAUGUGAUGAUAUAAUAAGAAAUUGACCACGUGCAUUUGCGCACUGUUAUUAUUUA